AUGAUGCGAAAGCAUUGUGUAGAGCGACGCUCAAAGGGGGAGCCGCUGGCCUACGUCAUCGGACGGAAGGAGUUUUGGUCCUUAGAGUUUAAAGUGACUAGAGACACCCUCAUACCACGCAGUGACAGCGAGAUCCUAAUUGAAACGCUGAUGGAUCAAUUCCAUCCGGAGACGCCAUUGCGGAUUCUGGAUAUUGGGACCGGGUCGGGAUGUUUAUUGCUAUCUGCUUUGUCUGAGUUUCCUCGAGCUACUGGAGUGGGAAUUGACAUUAGCGCUGGGGCUCUAGCUAUUGCGAAGGAGAAUGCUCAGUCGAACAAGUUGGAAGAACGAUCGGAAUUCCUUCUUCGAGAUCUGAAAACUCUACCGGGACUUCGAAGCGAUGUGGCUGAAGAUGAAGCGCUAUUUCGGCGCUUUGAUGUGAUUUUGUGCAAUCCGCCCUAUAUUCCAGGUCGGGAACUUGAUCUGGUUGGUCCCGACGUACUUAAGUACGAACCACACAUCGCGCUGUUUUCUGGUGGCGCAGCAACUGCUGAUAAAUGCGACCUGGACCCAAAGGGACUUCGGAUGUAUCGCUUGCUGCAUGAGAGUGUCGAUAAUCUAAAAAUCUGCUUACUAGUCGAAAUCGGAUCGGAAGACCAGGCACGGGAGGUUAAAGAGCUAUUUUCUAGCAGUACCAAGGCAGCAGUUUUGCAAAGCGAAGGAAGCAGACGCUUGCGGCUGCAAUUUGAGCGUUAUCUCUUCGAUACAAGCGGGAAAUAUCGGGGUUUACUGUUUCGUGGGCCAUAG